GGGAACGCGAGGUCGGGCUGGUUCUGCCGCGCUCCCGAGGACGAGGGGUUGCGGCCGUUUCGUGGGGCUUUCCCCUUGGAGAUCAGUGGCGGUGGAAACCGUGCGCGUGUCGAGGCGAGCGCCUCCUGUUUCGGUGCGGCUCUUUGGUCUGCGCCGGGAGCGCGGAGGGGAUGCAGUUGGCAAAGUUGUGUCCGGUUAACAGCACGAUGCGGUGUUCCUGUGGCGCAGAUGCCUCAACUGCAUUUGUGCUCUGUUAUCCCAGUGUGGAGAAAAACAGGAUCGUGAGCAGGCUUCCAUCACUGCUUCUGAGAGCGAACGCAAAAAGUAGCGGUUUGAUAAUGCCUGAAAUGCACUGAAGAUACUUCAUGUGGAUCUGCUGCUGCCGUUUGUACUUGCUAAAGGCUGUUGCCUCAUAAAAUUAAACUUUUUGCCCUGAAAUUGGGUGGGUCAGGCAGCACUGAAGAUGGGAUGGCUGAGAGGCUCGCAGCUGUACAGAGGGAUGCAGAAGUUUAAGAGGGAUGUUUGUCCCUGGCACGUGCCAGGUUCUCUCUCACCUUAAUUCAUUCUGAAAGCUAUUUACACAUUAAAGGAAAUCAAGAACCAAAAGCUAGAGGAACAUCAUUAUUUUUUGGUUAAAACGAUCUCAGAGGAGUUUUAAUGUGGAAGCAAAGUUUAACAGGAGCUACUGCUGCUCAAAAUAAUGACGGAGUUUCCCUUUAAAUGGCAGACAAGUGUGGAAAAUAUCUUAACUCUUUAGGAUGCUGCUCAGGAGAAUUUCUGUCCUAUCACCUCUACUUUAUAGUCAGGCUGCACUAAGUUAAAAAGAAAUGUAAAGAUGCUGUAAUGUGAGGUAUAUAACUCAUAAUAUCUGACUAAACACACAUGUUAUUGCUUUAGACACUUGUGGCUUGCAUUCUGGAAAACUAAAAAGUUCUCACUUGUUUUUUUCCCACUUCUUUUCCAUAGGUGUGCCAAAAUGUCAGAAAGGUCAGAUAUUCUUCACUUCAAGUUUGACAAUUAUGGAGAUUCAAUGUUACAGAAGAUGAACAAACUGAGGGAAGAAAACAAGUUCUGUGAUGUCGUGGUCCAUAUAGAUGAUGUUGAAGUGCACGGGCAUAAGAUUGUGUUUGCUGCUGGCUCUCCCUUUUUACGAGAUCAGUUCUUGCUCAAUGACUCCAGAGAUGUAAAAAUCUCUAUACUGCAGAGUUCGGACGUGGGGAGGCAGCUGCUUCUGUCCUGUUACAGUGGUGUUCUGGAGUUCCCCGAGAUGGAGCUGGUGAACUACCUGACUGCCGCGAGCUUUCUGCAGAUGAGCCACAUUGUCGAACGGUGUACGCAGGCCCUCUGGAAGUUCAUAAAACCGAAGCAGCCUUUGGAGAGUAAAGAGUGUGAACAGCAAAGUGACUCCUCAGAGCUGAAGGAACAUCAAGGAGAUGAUGACUCUCUGCAGCAGGAUUCACCGUGUAUUCAGCCUUCAGAAGACAGCAUGGACAUGGAGGACAGCGAUAUUCAGAUCAUCAAGGUGGAGUCCAUUGGAGAGGUAACAGAAGUUAGGAAUAAGAAGGAUCAGAACCAGUUUAUUUCUUCUGAACAAACUGCACUGCAUUCCUCAGAACCUCAACACUUUCUUAUCAACUCCACUGUUGAAAACAGAGCAAGUGAAAUAGAGCAAAACCACCUCCACAACUAUUCCCUGUCAUACGCUGGCAGCGAUAACAUCAUCCUGGCCUCCAAAGAUAUGUUUGGGCCUAACAACCGAGGAAUAGACAAAGGCCUCCAGUGGCACCAUCAGUGCCCAAAGUGCACAAGAGUAUUUCGGCAUCUGGAAAACUAUGCUAAUCACUUAAAAAUGCAUAAACUGUUUAUGUGUCUGCUCUGUGGCAAGACAUUCACUCAGAAGGGCAACCUCCACCGGCACAUGAGAGUGCACGCAGGCAUCAAACCGUUCCAAUGUAAGAUCUGUGGGAAAACGUUUUCUCAGAAAUGUUCCUUACAGGACCAUCUCAACCUGCACAGUGGGGACAAGCCCCACAAGUGUAACUACUGUGACAUGGUUUUUGCCCAUAAACCCGUUCUGAGGAAACAUCUUAAACAGCUACAUGGUAAAAAUAGCUUUGACAAUGCCAAUGAAAGAAGCGUUCAAGACAUAACAGUGGACUUUGAUUCAUUCACGUGUAGUGCUGCUACAGACAGUAAGGUCUGUCAGCAAGUUGAUGCAAGCCAGAUACUGGAUGCAGGGAAGCUGCCUCAGGCUGUGCUCAGUCUCAUCAGAAAUGAUGGUACCUGCGUCAAUGAAGCAAUUAGAAACGGCCCUUUGUAGGGAUCGUGACUGAGAGGAGCAGACGGUUGGUUUGGGCUCUUACCUAAAGUAGUGGUAUGCCCUGAAAGGUCACGAAUGGAUGGAUGGCGGGUUGGAUUGCAAAACGUGGCAGGUCUUCAGCCAUCGUUCUUAGUCUUACUUGAUAUUUUCUGUGAAUAGCAAUCUUCCUUCAGGUUUCUGUCUGUGUCUCUACUGUGGAUCAUGGGGUUAAUUGUUUCAUUUCUCUCUGAUUAGGAGACUCAAGACUAACAACUUUUGAAAGACUGUUGCUGUGGGCUGCAAGUAAACCAUCUGCUGCACAGUUAGAGGCUUCUCUGUGUCUGGGCAGGUGGAGGAAAGAGCAAAGAGGACAAGUCUGUGAGAUAACCCGAUUAUUUUUUUUUUAAAGCACUGGAUAACUGAAAGCACUCCGUGUAGUUAAAUUUAAACUUACCUCUUAACAUUAUCUUCUGUGAUGUUACCCCUCGACCCCUACAGUUGAAAUGAAGUAUUUUUUGUGUCACUUUUUUGCCCUUUCUAAACUAUUUCAAGAAACUUGUGCUGCCAGUCAACGCUAUCCUAAAAGCUCUCAGGGUUUUUAACCUCAACAUGCAUUCUGAAAAGAUAAAACCCUAACUGAUUUUGCAGGGCUAGCUGAUCAUUGCAUAGAACUGCUCACAAUGAGAACAAAUUGCAGCUCUGGAAUGUGAGAGGCUGGUGCCUGGACUGCAAGUAUGACCUAUGUAUUAUGCUGUCGUACCUAGGAUUUUCAAAGGGCCUUUGACCGUGCAUGUACCGAGACAAACUAAAUGCUUCAAAACUAAAAGUUAUCAUCUAUCUUCUGCAAAUUUUGCAUCACAUUAGCCACAACAGUUGUUGGCUUUAGAGCAAAGCUGGAGUGGAGAAACACUGCUUUUUGACACUGUGAAAAGAAUCUGUUUUAAGAGCUGCAAUGUAUAACAACUCCAUGCUUUUCAUUUUUUUGAUUCUUUUUUACCCCUCUUAGUUCUUGUAUAUCUCUCCUUGAUAUCUGAUAAGGGCCACAUUUCAGUUAACUUGAAAAAAGAAACAAAAAUACCUGCCAUAAGAACAUUCACAACAUUAUGGUUUUUUAUUUCCUAGACAUUGAAAGAAUACUUUUUUUUUUUUAAAUGACCUGCGUAGUUCAUGACCAUUGGUGUUUUACAGAGCCCAGGAUGAGGUGUAGGUAGCACAAUUUCCAUAGGUUAAUGUAUCAGCUAUUGACUGUACUCAGCAAUACCUCUUAUAUACCGCCUUAAACAUCAAAUGUAGCGGGAAUGGCAUGUUAGUUGGGAUUCUGGAAUUAUACUGUACUGCUCCUCAAAAGUGCCGUGGAAUUAUCCGCAUCCCAAUCAGGCUGAAAGAAACUGGUUUAUCUGAGGAAAACCAUUCCCAGCAGAACAGCACUUGUAUGACAUUGAAGUGUAGCAUAGACUAAUAAUCGAGUGGCUGAUCCUCGACAGAGAACUGCGGUUUGUGUUUGGAACACGUAUUUCAAUGCAGCUCUUUUCCACAAGGUUUGCCGUGAGGCUGAGAUUAUGCUUCCUACCUAAAAGUAGUACUGUUUGUGUGUUUGAGUGAGGGGCUGGGGGUGAAAGGCUGCUAUUGUAUGGUUAAUGAUGCUAAACAGGUAUGACCAAAGGUGUGUUAGAGCAAAAAACAUUUUGUAUGUAAUAAUCAACAGUUGGACUUGAUCUUCAGAUCCGUGUGUGUAGGAGCCAGGAUUUCCUUAUGCAGACAUUACACUGAUGGAUGAUAAGAAGUGUUAAUGUUACAGAACGUUCUCAGAAAUCCGCAUAUUUUCAAGUAGAAAAACAAGGUGAUUCUGUGAAUCAGUUUUUGCAAUUGAGUUGUUAAACUACUGUACUUGACUGUUAUGUGAACUGUUACAUGGACAGCGAUGAAGUAAGCAAUGAAACAGAGUCAGGGCAUUACAUCUUUCAAGUUGUAGCAAAUAUAUCUAGGUCUAAAAUCUUAACUGUUUGGAACUUUUAAAAAUUAUUGUUCAGGUUCCAGGGGCAGAAAAGAGGUUUGCACAGGAAGAAAAACUGUUUUUCCUCUUAAAGCUGCCUGCUUUCAGAUUUGUUUUGAUCUAAAACCGACCACGACACUUGCAUUCAUUCUGUCUUCAGGCAGAAUCUUCAGUAUUGUUUAAACGGUUUGAUAAUGUAUUAUUCACUAUACAGAAAUAAAUUGUAGUGCUGAUGUCAAAAUGAAGAUAGACAUGGAGAAUAAGAGGUUGCAGAGCCAGGUCAACGUGCAUUCAGGGAUUAGUGAAGAAUCUAACCAGAUGAAUAUGGACGUGGUAAAGAAAAUGGUCUGCCAGAAAAAGGAAUAAAACUGUACAAAUGCUAGAGAAGGUGGUGAACGAUAUUGAAACCUUUGUCUGCCUGGGAAGGUUGGUGGUGUGGAAUCGUGAAGCUAUAAUGUUACUGCAAGGAGAGUACAGCUUGUUGAAGCAGCUGUGGGUGACCUAAAGCCAAUAUGAAGAGAGAAGUGGUUUCCUAAGAAACAAAAAUAUGAUUUGGUCAAGAUUUAUAGGUUUUCAUCUCACCCUGCGCUGUCGGAGAAGGCUGCAACUGCCAGCCGUUCGGUUAAACGGCUGCUUGUGAUUUGGUGAGACCGUGGCAGAAAUAAAUAGGGAAGAGCAGAAAUGCAGAAGACUGCUUCUUCAGUGAAAAUGGACACAUCUGUUGGAUGAAAAGUGACUUCUUAUGAAUGUCUGUGCUUUUGGUCCUGGAAAAAGGAUGCAGACCAAAAGAUUUAUGCAGGAGACAGCUGCGUGACUCCAGAAACACUGGAGAUGUAAGAGGGCAAUGCGCUGAUGGCACGGUGCAAAAUGCACUGGUGGCAGAGUUCAUUAAGAUUUGCCCCGUAUGGAACAGACAAGUGAAGAAUAUAGGAAAGGUGUCAGAAGAGAAAAAUCUGGCUAAUGCUGCUUCUCUGAAUUACAGAUUUAAAUGGAGCAGGAAUUAUUAUAAACAGAAUAUACAGAGGCAGCUCGAUUACAGAAUAAGAUGAACUUAAAUUGUCCAUGUAUGUAAAGUGUUGUCUUCAUUGCCGUGUUCCGAUUAGUGAACGACUAGAUCCAUUGGGUGUUGCUACUGAUGCUGCGUGUUCAGAUGAGGACUGUGGCAGUUAUCAUGAUCUGUGUGUUCAUGUGUAGAAUUCGAUUUGCUGGUAAGUGAAUAGUCUCACAACUUGAUGUGCUGUACAACUUCCUGCGUAUCCGAAAAACAACCGAAGUCUAUUACAAAAGUAUUUUAAUAACUCCUUUAAUACAUUAGGAUUUUUUUUUUUAUGUUGGCAUAUAAUUAAUUUAUUUUCUAUAGAAGAAACUCUUAGAACGCUUUAGGUUUGCCAGAGGUUUAGGCUCACCACGUGAGCAGUGGUAGUUGCGUAGCCUGUGUUCCCGCAGCACAUGGAGCAGCUGCACAGCCUUCUCUAUAGAUCAGGGAUGAGUCUUUAUUUUUCUUUUAGAAGACAGGUUUUGCAAGUUUGUAACUGAUAAAAUGGAAGCGUCAGUCUCGUUUUCCCCUAAUUUUUUUGGCAAAACUUAGAUAACUGCCGCUGAACUUCUGGAACCGGUUAAUGGUGUGGGGCCGAUUCGGAUCAUUUUAAAACGGCGUGGGGUUCUGCAGUCAUUGGGAGGAGAGAAGGUGAGGAGGGAGAAUCGAAGCGCGAUGCAAACCGAGACUGUCGAGCAGCUGAAGUCGCGUUACACCCUCGGUUUUUCAAGGCCAAGGGGGAGGCGGUGAGGGUCGAAGGCAGAGCGGACGCCUCUCCCACCGACGGAGCAAGAGCUACCUCUUCAGCGACCGGGCGCCAGCCCCGUCCUACGUGUUCGUACCAAAGCAGGCGGGCGGCCGGGGCCGGGGGGGAGCCCCGGGGCUGCCGCCCUCCCGGGGGCCUUACGGGGGCGGCGGGCGGCGGUGCCAACUCUUCCAAUAAACGUGCUGCUAACUCUGCCUGCCUCUCAUUUCCCGAC